AUGUCUGGAACCGAGGAAUAUGAUGAGUCGGCCAAUGCCGAGGAUAUGGGCCAGACCGGCCCCGGUGCGCCGACCCCUCUCUCAGCGUUAGAGGGGGUUGCUGGAUUGACGAAACGUGAUAUCCAAGCCGUUGUCGAGGGUGGCUUCAACACAGUCGAAGCAGUCGCCUACACGCCACAGCGUGUGCUUGAGCAGAUCAAAGGUAUCUCCGGCAACAAAGCCGCCAAGCUCCUUGGCGAAGCCUCCAAGCUCGUCCCCAUGGGAUUUACCACCGCGACCGAGAUGCACCUUCGCCGCAGUGAGCUCAUUUCCAUCACUACGGGCUCCAAGCAGCUCGACACUCUGCUCGCCGGUGGCAUUGAGACGGGGAGUGUGACAGAGCUCUUCGGCGAGUUCCGAACGGGAAAGUCUCAAAUUUGCCAUACACUCGCAGUAACAUGCCAGCUUCCCUUCGAUAUGGGUGGUGGCGAGGGAAAGUGCCUGUAUAUCGACACCGAAGGGACAUUCCGCCCGGUCCGUCUUCUGGCCGUGGCCAAUCGCUAUGGUCUCUCAGGCGAAGAAGUCCUCGACAACGUUGCCUAUGCGCGGGCCUACAACUCGGACCAUCAACUGCAGCUAUUGAACCAGGCUGCAGCUAUGAUGACCGAGACACGUUUCAGUCUGCUGGUCGUCGACUCUGCUACCGCACUAUACCGAACUGAUUUCUUGGGCCGUGGUGAGCUAAACUCACGCCAAAACCACCUCGCCAAAUUCCUCCGUACCCUUCAGCGCCUUGCCGACGAGUUUGGCAUCGCCGUGGUUAUCACCAACCAAGUGGUGGCACAGGUUGAUGGUGGUCCGUCUGCCAUGUUCAACCCGGAUCCGAAGAAACCCAUCGGAGGAAAUAUCAUGGCCCAUUCUAGCACAACAAGAAUCAGCUUGAAGAAGGGCCGGGGCGAAACUAGAAUUGCCAAGAUUUACGACAGCCCCUGCUUGCCAGAAGGAGAUGCGAUGUUUGCCAUCAACGAGGAUGGUAUCGGUGACCCGGCGCCGAAGGAUUUGGAGAAGGAGUAA